AUGCGUCGCGAGGGCCGGCAGCACGGGUGGGUGUUCACCGUCGACCGCAGCCUGGUGGACCAGGAAGGCAAGUACCGCGCUCGCGCGGUGCAGGUCGAGGGCGCGGCGGUGGCCAACGGCGGGUUCGUCAGGGCGCCGCGCAGGCCCACCAACCACUCCAAGCCCGCCGUCGGCCGCGCGUACAAGGGCCAGAUCGGCAAGGGAUCAGAGGCCGGGUCCGGCAGGGGCGGCAGGCACAAGUUCAAGCACGACGAGGUCAAGAUGUACUACCUCGACCUCGAGGGAGCCGACGACGACGGCGCCGUCGAUGUGUAUGACGUGGACACAUGA